UAAUCUCUCUCAGAUCCUCACAAUGCACUCACUGUUCACUACAUUGCAGAGAGAGAAAAAGAAGGUAGCGAACCGAAUGGAAGGAGAACACAAAAGGAACCAUUGAGAGAGAGAGAGAGAAAGAGAGAGAGAGUACAAUGUGAGUAAACCUGAAAGAGAAAGAACGUGCUUUUUAUUUGCUGCUAUUGGUACUUUUUGUCUUCAGCAAUAAUCGUCAUUUGCACCUUCGUUAGCACCGCCACCAACGCCACUGGUAGCGACCACAUUGUCCGGUUCUUGAUGUCCUGAGAUCAUUUUUAUUUUCUUUUGAGUUUUUGUUUUGGAGCGCUGGAUCUUGAUCAAAGUAUGGGGAGUGUAUCCUCUGAUGAGCAGAGUGAGAGAUGUGGGAGCUAUAGCUUGAGUGCUGACGUCAGCGAAUCAGAGAGUUACAGUAGUUUCUCUUGUCGGCGGUUUGAUGGUGAAGGUGCUUCUGCCUCUUUGACUUCGUCUCCUCGUCCCACUGUAGCUUCCAGCUUCUGUUUACAGGCGCCGGUGUUGCUGCCGGUGAUUGGAGGAAAGGACAUGAUGAUUUGGGACGUCAAGCCUGAGAAACGAGAGACGGAUUUAUCUGAAGUUGAAAUGAUGAAAGAGAGAUUUGCUAAGCUUCUUCUGGGAGAGGAUAUGUCUGGAGGUGGUAAAGGAGUCUGCACUGCACUUGCCAUUUCGAAUGCUAUCACAAAUCUUUCUGCAACUGUGUUUGGUGAGCUUUGGAGGUUAGAGCCAUUAGCACCACUAAAGAAAUCAAUGUGGCGCAGAGAAAUCGGAUGGCUCUUAUGUGUGAGUGAUUCAAUAGUUGAACUUGUUCCUUCAAUACAACAAUUCCCUGGUGGAGGCACCUAUGAGGUCAUGGCAACUCGACCACGCUUAGAUUUAUACAUGAAUCUCCCUGCCCUGAAGAAGCUUGAUGCUAUGUUAAUUAGCAUGCUUGAUGGGUUCGGUGAUACGGAAUUCUGGUAUGUUGAUCGAGGGAUAAUUGUGGCAGAUGGUGGUGAUUGCGAUGUGUAUCCAUCAAGUAUUUCUGGUGGGAGACCUUCAAUUAGGCAGGAAGAGAAAUGGUGGUUGCCUUGUCCAAAAGUACCAUCAAAUGGGUUGUCUAAGGAUGCAAGGAAAAGGUUACAGCAGUGCAGGGAUUGCACAAACCAGAUAUUAAAGGCAGCAAUGGCAAUUAAUAGUAGCGUGCUUGCUGAGAUGGAGAUACCUAGUGUAUACUUGGAGACCUUACCUAAGAGUGGAAAAGCUUGUCUGGGAGAUAUGAUCUACCGUUACAUAACCGCUGAGCAGUUCAAGCCUGAAUGUCUUCUUGAUUGCCUAGACCUAUCAACUGAGCAUCACACUCUGGAAAUAGCUAACAGGAUUGAGGCAGCCGUGCAUGUCUGGAAGCAGAAAGAUAGGAGAAAGCUGACAAAUCACACUAAAGUUAGGCACUCAUCAUGGGGUGGCAAGGUUAAGGGCCUUGUUGCUGACACCAAAAAGAAUCAUUUUCUGGCCCAACGAGCUGAGACACUCUUACAAAGCCUAAGGAUUCGUUUUCCUGGCCUUCCACAGACAGCAUUGGAUAUGAACAAGAUUCAAUAUAACAAGGAUGUUGGACAGUCGAUUCUUGAAAGCUACUCAAGAGUAAUGGAGAGCUUAGCCUUCAACAUUAUGGCAAGGAUAGAUGAUGUUAUUUAUGUAGAUGAUGCCACCAAAUGUGCUGCAGCAGAAUCAAUGUCACUAUUCAAUAGAAACGGUUUGGGUGGUCUUCCGAUCCAGAAGCGAAUGUCUCCUAGCCCCUUCUCCAUCCAACACAGUCCCUUUGCCUCUCCAUUUGCAACCCCAACUUUCUGUGCUUCCACUCCAGUGGCUGGAAGCCCAGGAAGGACACCAUCCUCUCUUAAUAAGAUCAGUACUAAGGAAGCAUCUGAUCAGAAAUUUGAGAAACCAUGUGCAGCUGAAUUUGAGAAGGUUUGGUCAUAUACUGGCAACCUAAGUGCAAGAAGAGUUUCUGGAGAUGCCCCUGAGCGAGAUUGACUUUUCAAAGAAUUCACCAUCUCAAAUGAGACCGAGUCCCAUUGAUGCGCUAUAUACCUUGUGGCUGUCAGGGUCCUAGAAUUGGUAUCUAACCUUGUAUAUUCUUUAGCAAUAGAAGAUCAAAUUCUAAAGUUUUGAUCAUUCCUCUUUUUUGGUCAAGUUGUAACUGAUGAAAGACUGUUAUCUAUGCUGUUUAACAAAAUUAUGCUCUUA